AAACAGAGGUUUGCGAUGAUUUUUCAAUCUUUUAUACCGGAUAAUCUAGUAUACUUAUGCAUGAAAAUAAUGAAUUCGGUCGUUGUGGUCGGACUCUAUUAUGGAUUUCUGAGCACAUUCUCCAUAGGGCCCUCUUAUCUCUUCCUUCUUCGAGCUCGGAUUAUGCAAGAAGGGACCGAGAAGAAACUAUCAGCAACAGCUGGGUUUAUUACGGGACAGCUCAUCAUGUUCAUAUCGAUCUAUUCUGCGCCUUUGCAUCUAGCAUUGGGUAGACCUCAUAUAAUAACUGUCAUACCUCUACCCUAUCUUUUAUUUCAUUUCUUCGGCAAUAAUAAAAAAAACUUUUUGAAUUAUGGGGACAAGAAAAAGAAUUCAAUACGUAAAUUUAGCAUUCAAAGAAUAUUCUUUACUAAUCUUAUUUUUCAGUUAUUUAACCCCCUUGUCUUACCAAGUUCCAUAUUAGUCAGAUUAGUAAACAAAUAAAAAAAGAGAGCAAAUUACUAAAAGAAUGAAUAAAAAAGAUAAUAAUAUAUAUAUAUAUGAAGAAAUU